AGGGAAAGGGAAUGCGGUCUCCCGCGGGACUCGUAGAGCCACUGCACUAAGAAAGGCCGAGUCGCUGGCCCGUCGAGCAGGCAGGCGGAUCCGCGGACAGCCUGCGUGCUCGAGGACCCCGGUGGCGGGAAGGAGGAAGUUUCAAAGCCGAGGGUUUGGCUGCCGCUCGGCGAGAUGAAGCUGCACUGCGAGGUGGAAGUGGUCAGCCGGCACUUGCCGGCCUUGGGGCUGAGGAACCGGGGCAAGGGCACCCGAGCCGUGUUGAGCCUCUGUCAGCAGACGCCCAGGAGUCACCCGCGCCCCGCCUGCCUGCUCAUCUCUACGCUGAAGGACAAGCGCGGGACCCGCUAUGAGCUAAAGGAAAACAUUGAGCAACUCUUCACCAAAUUUGUGGAUGAGGGGAAGGCCACUGUUCGUUUAAAGGAGCCUCCUGUGGAUAUCUGUCUAAGUAAGGCCAAUUCCAGCAGUUUAAAGGGUUUCCUUUCAGCUGUGAGACUAGUUCAUAGAGGCUGUGAUGUUGACGCACCACUUUCAACGCUCACACCAGCGAAGACUUCAGAAUUUGAAAAGUUUAAAACUAAAAUGGUUAUCACAUCCAAAAAGGACUAUCCUCUAGGCAAGAACUUUCCUUAUUCUCUGGAACAUCUUCAGACUUCUUACUGUGGGCUUAUCCGAGUUGAUAUGCGCAUGCUUUGCUUAAAAAACCUUAGGAAAUUAGAUUUGAGUCACAACCAUAUAAAAAAGCUUCCAGCUACAAUUGGAGACCUCAUACACCUUCAAGAACUUAACCUGAACGACAAUCACUUGGAGUCAUUUAGUGUAGCCUUGUGUCACUCUACACUCCAAAAGUCACUUCAGCAUUUGGAUCUCAGCAAGAACAAAAUCAAGGCACUCCCUGUGCAGUUCUGUCAGCUCCGAGAGCUUACAGAUAUAAAACUUGACGAUAAUGAAUUGAUUCGACUUCCUUUUAAGAUAGGACAACUAAGAAACCUUCGUUUUUUGUCAGCAGCCCGAAAUAAGCUUCCAUUUUUGCCUAGUGAGUUUAAAAAUUUAUCCCUUGAAUACUUGGAUCUUUUUGGAAAUCAUUUUGAACAACUAGAAGUCCUUCCAGUUAUAAUGCUGCAAGUGCCAUUAACUUUACUGGAAUAUUCUGCACAAACUGUAUUAAAUAAUAGGAUUCCAUAUGGCCCUCAUAUCAUUCCAUUCCAUCUUUGCGAAGAUUUGGAUACUGCAAAAACCUGUGUUUGUGGAAAAUUCUGUCUAAGCUCUUUUAUUCAAGGAACUACUACUAUGAAUCUACACUCUGUUGCUCACACUGUGGUCUUAGUAGAUAAUAUGGGUAGUACUGAAGUGCCUAUUAUCUCUUACUUCUGUUCCCUAGGUUGUUAUGUAAAUUCCUCUGAUAUGUUAAAGUAAUAGACAAUGCCACAGAAAGAAAUUUCAUUUAAUUACAUAACAGUUAGGGAUUCAUUUAUGAUUUAACAGUGUCACAUCAGAGAAAGGGAAGCUUUUUGUAUACUUGCUUGAGAGGAGGAAUGUGUGUUAGUCUAACAAUUUAAGUCAUUUGACUCCAAAACUUUAAUUUCAUUAAAACCAAAUUUAAUUUUA